UAAAAUUGUAAUAAUGGAUACAGAUAAAAAAAAUAAUGAAAUACAUACGGUUUCACUGAGUGAAUUAUUUCAAUCAUUUGAAAAGAGUUUGGGAUUUAAAAAUAAAAUAAAAUGGAAUAUCGCUAUACUGAUAAUUCUAUACCAUGUCUUAGGUAUUUACUGGAGUUAUAAGUACGCUUUUCCAGCGAAAUGGCAAACCCUUGCUUUUACUCUAGCCAUGUACAUGUUCGCUGGUUUUGGUCUUACGGCAGGAGUUCAUAAACUUUGGUCACACAGAGCAUUUAAAGUAAACUUACCUCUCCACUUAAUUUUACUUGCUGGCUAUGCAAGUGCGGGACAGAAUUCCAUAUAUCAAUGGGUUCUCGACCACCGCGUUCACCAUAAGUACAGCGAUACAGAAGCUGACCCGCACAAUGCCAAUCGUGGCUUGUUCUUUUCUCACAUCGGAUGGCUAAUGACAAAGAAAAACGAGCUAGUAUUAAGUCGUGGUAAACAGAUAGAUAUGAGCGACAUAACCGAUGAUCCACUGUUAAGAUUUUUUAACAAGUAUUUCACAUAUUUUAAACUGCUAUUCUGCUAUAUUUUACCAUUCUACAUUAACGUUUAUAUUUUGGGUGAAACCUGGCAAUGUACUAUAGCGUGGCAAUGGUUUAUACGUUUCUUGUGUGCAUUCCACAGUGAACUAACGGUUAACAGCCUAGCACAUACGUUUGGAACUAGGCCUUACAACAAAGAAAUAGUACCUACACAAAACAAAUUCGUAUCACUUAUAUUAUUGGGCGAAGGUACCCAUAAUUUCCAUCAUGCGUUUCCAUACGAUUAUAGAUCGGGAGAACAAUUUGACUACUUCAAUUUGACCAGGCUCAUUAUCGAUUUUUUUAGUAAGAUCGGUUGGGCAUACGACUUAAAAACAGCUACGCCAGCUAUGAUCAAGUCUAUGUCGCAAAGACUGGGCGAUGGAACUCGCAUAGACCGCUCCCCAAAUGUUGAACCAGAAACAAUUAAUUAAAAAUAUGUUUUAUAUAGACUUCGAGCUAGAAUUGAAACGUUUACUGACAGUGGUAGUCAGAAACCCUUUCAAUAUUCUUAGCUGAAUUCACGUUUUUUACUUACGGGCUGGUUUUUAUUCGUUAAUACAAUUUCAUUCAUAUUGUGUAUAUAAUAUUGGGUAUUAAUUUAUUAUAUAAUUUGGUAUUUAAA